GCUGGGAGAUGUGCUCAAAGACCGGCCCCAGGAGGCGGACGGGAUCGACUCGGUGAUCGUGGUGGACAACGUGCCUCAGGUGGGACCUGACCGGCUGGAGAAGCUCAAAAACGUCAUCCACAAGAUCUUCUCCAAGUUCGGGAAGAUCACCAACGACUUCUACCCCGAGGAGGAGGGCAAGACGAAAGGUUACAUUUUCCUGGAGUAUGCAUCUCCUGCCCAUGCCCUGGAUGCCGUGAAGAAUGCCGACGGCUACAAGCUGGACAAGCAGCACACCUUCAGAGUCAACCUCUUCACCGAUUUUGACAAGUAUAUGACCAUCAGUGAUGAAUGGGAUAUUCCAGAGAAACAGCCUUUCAAAGACUUGGGAAAUCUGCGCUACUGGCUGGAGGAGGCGGAGUGCAGGGAUCAGUACAGUGUGAUCUUCGAGAGCGGAGAACGCACCUCCAUAUUCUGGAAUGAUGUGAAGGAUCCCGUAUCGAUUGAGGAGAGAGCGCGGUGGACAGAGACGUACGUGCGCUGGUCUCCCAAGGGCACCUACCUAGCCACCUUCCAUCAGCGAGGCAUUGCUCUCUGGGGGGGAGAGAAAUUCAAACAGAUUCAGAGAUUCAGCCACCAGGGGGUCCAGCUCAUUGACUUCUCCCCUUGCGAAAGAUACCUGGUGACCUUCAGCCCCCUGAUGGACACACAGGAUGACCCCCAGGCCAUCAUCAUCUGGGACAUCCUUACCGGCCAGAAGAAGAGAGGCUUUCACUGUGAAAACUCCGCUCAUUGGCCAAUUUUCAAGUGGAGCCAUGAUGGUAAAUUCUUUGCUCGGAUGACCCUCGACACCCUCAGCAUCUAUGAAACGCCUUCCAUGGGCCUCCUGGACAAGAAGAGCUUGAAGAUCUCCGGCAUCAAAGACUUUUCUUGGUCCCCCGGUGGUAACAUCAUAGCCUUUUGGGUGCCCGAAGACAAGGAUAUUCCCGCACGGGUGACCCUGAUGCAGCUGCCCAGCCGACAGGAGAUCCGGGUCAGGAACCUCUUCAAUGUGGUGGACUGCAAGCUGCACUGGCAGAAGAACGGGGACUACCUGUGUGUGAAAGUGGACAGGACGCCCAAGGGCACCCAGGGUGUUGUCACGAAUUUUGAAAUUUUCCGAAUGAGGGAAAAGCAGGUGCCUGUCGAUGUGGUGGAAAUGAAAGAGCCCAUCAUCGCCUUCGCCUGGGAGCCGAACGGGAGCAAGUUCGCGGUGCUGCACGGGGAGACCCCCCGGAUAUCCGUGUCCUUCUACCACGUGAAGAGCAACGGCAAGAUCGAGCUCAUCAAAAUGUUUGACAAGCAGCAGGCCAACACCAUCUUCUGGAGCCCCCAAGGACAGUUCGUGGUGCUGGCCGGUCUCAGGAGCAUGAACGGCGCCCUGGCAUUCGUGGACACGUCGGACUGCACCGUCAUGAACAUUGCAGAGCACUACAUGGCCUCCGACGUGGAGUGGGACCCGACUGGGCGCUACGUGGUCACCUCUGUGUCCUGGUGGAGCCACAAGGUGGACAAUGCGUACUGGCUGUGGACCUUCCAGGGCCGCCUCCUGCAGAAGAACAACAAGGAUCGCUUCUGCCAGCUGCUGUGGAGGCCCCGGCCCCCCACGCUCCUGAGCCAGGACCAGAUAAAGCAAAUUAGAAAAGAUCUGAAGAAAUACUCCAAGAUCUUCGAACAGAAGGAUCGUCUGAGCCAGUCCAAAGCCUCAAAGGAACUGGUGGAGAGGCGGCGCACCAUGAUGGAGGACUUCCGGAAGUACCGGAAAAUGGCCCAGGAGCUGUACAUGGAGCAGAAAAACGACCGUCUGGAAUUGCGAGGAGGCGUGGACACCGACGAGCUGGACAGCAACGUGGAUGACUGGGAGGAGGAGACCAUCGAGUUCUUUGUCACGGAAGAGAUCAUCCCCCUGGGGAGUCAGGAGUGACCGGCCGCACUGUGGACAGAGGGUCAGCCGUGUCCCCUCGUUGCAGCACCACCUCGUGCCGGAGCCAGGCGUCCCUGUGCUUCCCGCUCUGACCGCGCCCGGGAGCCGUCUCCAGAGCUGUGCCUUUACCCUGGUGUCCAGCGGGCGCCCCGGGGCACUGCUUCCAGCCUCUCCUGUGGUUUCUGAGUCACCGCGUGCUUGUCACUGAGACUCCCGUGGGAGCUGCAGCUGGGCCUCCUGCUGCACCACCAGGCGACGAUCCCCUCGGCCUCCUGUGGGGGCGCUGUCCGGGGCCUGGACAGCAGCUGGGAGCAGUGCACCGUGUCCCUGUGCGGGGGCACCCAGCGCCUGGUCUUGCGUCCAGGCUGUGGCAGGUUCUCAAUGGAAAUAAAAGCAAACCUGUACGAACAA